AUGACCAGCCCUGACGCCGAAAGGGACAAAUUCUACGAGAACCUGCAUGUUCUCCUGACGGCAGUGUCGAAGGCGGGUAAGUUAAUUGUCCCUGGUGACUUCAACGUCCGCGUCGGCACAGACCAUGCUGCCAGGAGAGGAGUGCUUGGUCCCCAUGGUCUCAACGGCUCCAAUGACAAAGGCCUACUCCUUCUACGAACCUGUGCAGGACACCGUCUCAAAAUGACCAACACCUUCUUCCGCCUGCCGAUGCGAGAGGAGGCCAUCUGGAUGCAUCGUCGGUCACGUCAGUGGCACCUGCUGGACUAAGUCCUCGUCCGGAGGCGAGAUCAGCGGAACGUGCUGGUGACGAAGGGGAUACCGUGUGACGACGGGUGGACCGACCAUCGCCUCGUCAUCGCGCGGAUGCGGAUUCGCCUACAGCAUCGCAGGAGACCUCAAGGUAAGCGACUCCCGGGUAAGCUGAAUAAUGCCCCGCUGUCUCUGCCUGAUCAACAUCUCCAUUUCAGCAACGAACUGGCCCAACGGCUAGACAACUUACAAGUCACUGAUGUCGCCAUUGCCGUCGCUGCCGCUGACGAGAACGCCUUCGUGGAGAUCCGAUAGUCUCAACUGCGGGAUGCAGUCCAGGCGACAGUCCUGGUUGUCCUUGCUCGCACAGGUCGUCAGCGCCAGGACUGGUUUGAUGACAACGAUGUCGCCACCAACAACCUGCUCGCCGUGAAGAACCGCCUGCACCAAGCCUACGUCCACUGCUCCACUGGCGACAACAAAGCUGAUUUCUACCGUAUUCGCCGCCUUGUGCAACAGCGGUUCCGUGAGAUGCAGGGCACGUGGACGGCUCGCAAGGAGAAGGACAUUCAAGCGUACGCGGACCGCAACGAAAGGAAGAACAUCUUCGCAAUAAAAACUUUCUACGGUUCGACAACCAAAAGUACUACAUCCCUUCUCAGCGCCGACGGCAGUACCCUACUUACCAUGAAGGUACAAAUUCUACAGCAAUGGGCCGAGCACUUCUGGGGCGUCCUCAACCGUCCAUCCACCAUCUCCGAUGUCGCUAGCGCCUGUCUGCCGCAAGUGGAGAACAACGCUUACCUCGACCUCCCGUCAACCCUCCACGAUACCAUCAGGGCCGUGCAGCAGCACUCCAGCGGGAAAGCACCCAGAUCGGAUGCGACCCCUGCUGAGAUCUACAACCACGGGGGCUCCCGACUUAUGGAUCAUCUGACAGCGCUCUUACAGGAGAUGUGGCGUCAAGGAGAAGUCUCGCAGGAUUUCAAGGAUGCUGCACUCGUGCAUCUAUACAAACAGAAAGGAAACCGUCAAAUUUGCAACGACCAUUGA